AUGAGCCUCACUAAGAAACCGAAUCAGAGAGGGGAAAAGGACUGCAAUGCCUCGGUUAUCCGCAACAUUCGAGUGAUGAUAAAGCCUCCAAGGCCUUCUGAGGAAUCGAGAAUCUUCAUCGAAUUCAAGCUUGAUGCGGUCGUCUUGGCAACCGCGGGAACUCCGAACACCGAUCGUUUCUUCUCCUUCUUAUUCCUGAGGUUUCUCAUCUGCAGCGCUGCUAUGGGAAAAUCUUAUCCGGUUACACCCGGUUUACUCUAUCCAUAUCCAAACACCGAUUUUAGAUGUCCGCAAUAUCCGACUAAUCCUCACCACCGAAGUUUUUUCCUCCCUAAACAAGUCGACUCCUCUGUUCCGACUCACCCGAUGUCUUCCAAAGCGAUAUCUUCGUUUGGCAAGCCCGUCACUUUCAAGGUUGUCGAGCAAAUCGAAGGUGUCAGCAAUCUCUUCUUAACUUAUUCGGUGAACCCUACGGCGAGUACGGGUUUGUCUAGAUCUAAAGAGGAGAAGAAGAUCGACAAGGCCAGAAGUAUUAUAGCAGGACCGUCGUCCUCACGUAGCAGUAAGAUCAGUUCAAGAAGAAGAGGUGAAGAAAACAACCAAGGAGAAGGAGGAUAUCCGGGAAUAAUCUGGGUGGCGAGACUGAGGGUUCAGUUCGGUGGUGGAGUAGUCAAGUGGUAG